CUUACGUUCAUUGACACUCUUCCUACUUCCUUUUUUUGUCAGCCGCAUUUCUCUUUUCGAGCGCCGAUAGAGCUUCGCGGUGAGUCGAACGUCUUGUCUUGCCUGUCCAUGAUGGCGGACUUGUCGGGCAGCAUGCUGAAACGGCCUCAUCCCGAAGGCGAGGAAGAUAAUGCGCAGAAGAGACCUCGUUCCGGCAAUGACUCUACAGGACCCUCUAAGAAUGUCCAUGGGUCUAGCAAAGUCGACAUUGAAAAGAUGGUCGCCGAAGCGAGAGCGAAGGCAGAGGCUGUCCGCGCAAGACUGCAAGCCGCUAGAGGCGGAACUCACGUCGUCACGCAAGUUGCUCCAACUCCUAGCCCUCCUCCUGCUACUACUGCCCCUGCAAUGUCGAGACUGGACCAAUUGAAGGCCAGAGUUGCAGCAGCUACAAGCAGAGUUAACGCUACCCAACAACAAGCUACACGCUCCCCAGCGCCGACCCCAGCUCCUGCCCCAGCUCCUGCCCCAGCAUACGAGGAUGAAGGUCUUCCGCGAGGUCGCGGAGGUCUGGAUAUCGGACUGCAUCCAGCUCUGCUUUCGGAUACUACUGAUUUUCGGAGCAGUAGGGGAAGACAGACGACACAUCAAAAGUCUGCAAAGCGUCAGACGGAGUCGCCGGUCCUUCACAAGGCCGGGCUUGAUCUCUCCGGGCCUUCCCUCGAGGAAAUAAAGAACAAUCCAUAUUUCGACCCCAACUUAGGUCCAAAAGCCACAAUUCCGAAGCCCCGACAGUCGCGCCAGCUGAUUUUCAAUCAGAAAGGUAAAUACAUGCUGCAAGCGGCUGCUCUACGUCGACAAGCUCAAUUGGAAGCAAUGAAAAAACGCAUUGCUGAGAGGGCGCGGCAAGCCGGAAUCGAUGAAGACCUAGAUGUGGAAAAGGCGUUUCUUGUUCCCGCUCCACCAGCUAUUGAGUGGUGGGACGAGGGAUUAGUGAACGGGACAGAUUAUUCUGCUAUCGGGGAUGAAAAGAACCUCAAGAUUGACACAUCGGAUUCCAUAAUAACUCUUUAUGUCCAACACCCUGUCCUCCUUGAUCCACCUCAGGAUAAAUAUCUUCCUGCACAAAAGCCAAUGUACCUCACCCCAAAGGAGCAAGCCAAGAUUCGCCGACAGCGACGAAUGGCGGAUCUGAAGGAACAGCAGGCAAAGAUCAGGCUGGGCCUUGAGCCAGCCCCUCCACCAAAGGUUAAGAAAUCCAACCUGAUGCGUGUUCUUGGUGAACAGGCAGUCAAGGAUCCCACCGCUGUGGAGGCCCGAGUCAACCGGGAAAUAGCCGAACGCCGUGCUCAGCAUGAGGCUACGAAUGAGGAGCGUAAAUUGACAAAGGAACAGCGUCGCGAGAAGCUAGCUAGUCAACAGGAGAACGAUGCAGCCAAGGGCAUUUUCGUCUCGGUAUACCGCAUCGAUAGUCUAGCCAACGGCCGACACCGCUUCAAGGUCAGCAAGAAUGCCGAACAGAAUGCCCUUACCGGCAUCUGCAUCAUGCAUCCCCGGUUAAACCUCGUUAUUGUUGAGGGCGGUGCCCAUUCCAUGAACAACUACAGGAAACUCAUGCUGAACCGGAUCGACUGGACCGAGAACGUUGGUCCCAACGUAGCCCGCGAGGGUGAGACUCUGGCGUCGUGGCUAUCGCCAGAGGAUGAGAAGACCGGGGAUUUGAAGGAUCUCAGCUCGAACACUUGUACUCUACUAUGGGAAGGUCAGGUGAAGGCUCGCUCCUUCAGGAAAUGGCUGGGUGCGCGAGUUUGCGAAACUGACGCGGCGGCAAAGGAUGUGCUGGCGAGGGCAAAAAUGGAAAAUUUCUGGACCUUGGCCAAGAGCGCGAAGCAGAGCGAGUCGUGAUUCUUUUGUUCUCUCUUUUUUGUGGUUUUCUAAAGUAGUAUAACUUAUCAUAUAUCCCCUUUGCAAUUUUCUCUUCAAAUCUAGCCAAUACCUCUGGGCGUCACGUGUUUCUAACUAUAUCAUUAUGCUUAUAUUUAUUCUUGGCAAGUUUGCAUUGUUCUUGGCAUAUUUGGCAAUGGUUGAACCCAGUGCGCAGUUGAACAUGUUCAAGUAGGGUGCACUCGUUCGAGGCAGUUUUUGAAGCAACAACAGCUUUGGUGCUCUCGUAGCCACUUAAUUUAUGCCAUUUGCUUACUGAAG